UUCUCUUCACUGCGUGUUACAUGUACUGAUCUGGUUCACAGUCUGGCUCUUCACAGCAAACAGAAGAUGAUUUGUCAACCAUUUGGACAUCAUUUUAGAUGCAAACUAUGGCAAUCUCAAAGUCUGCUAAAUCUUAGCCGCAGUUAUGUCAGACACUUAUCAACUCGGCAACAGGGAAUGAUACCUCCUGCAAUACAGUAUCCUCUGUUUAACAGGACUAAUUGCAUUCACAGAAAUGUACAGAAUGGCACAUUGCGAAAUUCAUUGAGGGGAUUUUCAAACUCUGUACACCUUUCCAAACCCAUUUCCUUUCACAUUAAUCCCCCAGAAUUAAACAUUGAGUAUUUAUUAGACCCCUGCAACAAAGACAUUAUUCAGAAGAACAUCAUGAACAGAAAGGGUGAAUCAGUUGAUUUAGGACACUUGAUUGAAUUGAAGAGACAGUAUGAAGCAGCCUCAAACGAUGUAGAAAAGAAGAACAUCCUAUCUAGUAUAACUAAGGAAGCAUCCUCUAUACCCAAUAAUUCCCAUCCAGACUCACCCAUUGGUGACGAGGCUAAAGCAAGAUUGGUUAAACUUUGUGGAGAGAAAAAAGAGUUCAAUUUCAAAUGCAAAUCUCACAUUGAUUUAUGCAGUGCAGAGUCUGGGUUGGAUUUACUUAAAGUACGCAAUGUUGGACAAACCACAGGUAACAGGACUUACUACCUCAAGGGUGAUGCAGCACAGAUGCAGCAAGCACUGAUAAAAUACACUGUGCCAAAAUUACUGAACAGACAAGAUAAGUCUUUUACACUGAUAUCUGUGCCUGACAUGCUGCAUCCAGACAUAAUUGAAGCAUGUGGUUUUAAAACCACUGGAGACAGGACACAGGUAUACACACUUGAUCAAGAGAAACAUGGACAGAUCUGCCUAUCUGGCACAGCAGAAAUGGCAUUAGGAGGAUUUUAUGCUAACAGGGUAUUAGACCUGGACCAGUUACCACAAAGGGUUUGUGCAGUUAGUCGGUGCUACAGGGCAGAAACAAGUAACAGAGAGGAAGAAAAGGGGAUUUACAGAGUACAUCAGUUCACAAAGGUAGAGAUGUUUGGAGUAACAGCAGAUGAAACUGGAACAGAAAGUGAAGAAUUGUUGAAAGAGUUUAUAGAACUACAGGAAGAUCUCUAUGAUGGACUUGGUCUGCAUUUUAGAAUUCUAGACAUGCCUACAGAAGAGCUUGGUGCUCCGGCCUACAGGAAGUAUGAUAUGGAAGCCUGGAUGCCAGAGAAGCAGUUCUGGGGAGAGAUUUCAAGUUCCUCCAACUGCACUGAUUACCAGAGCCGACGGCUUCACAUCAAGUACAGAGCAAGAGACGGUAGUGAGAAAUUUGUGCACACUGUAAAUGGAACUGCUUGUGCUGUGCCCAGACUUAUUAUGGCCAUUGUUGAGAACAGUCAAAAUGAGGAUGGUACAAUUAGCAUACCUCAAGCUUUGCAAAAGUACAUGUUUCCAAAAGGCAAGCAAAUUAUAGAGAAACCAGAAAAACCCUGGAAGACACAAUAUUAUUACAAAUUUAGUGAUGAACAAUUCAGACGUUUUAGAUAGAAAAUGCUGAGUAUUGCAUUUAACAAACCCUUUUUUUUUAACUGGUGGAAGAAGUUCUUCAGGUUUAACCACUUGU